AUGAAGGGUUUCAAUCGAGACGAGUUGAGGCUACGAUGUACCUCGGUCAAGGCAUGGGAGCUUCCCCGGCACUCUAGCAGUGCUCUCGCGCCCGAGGGAGUAUGGACGAACGAGGACAUGGACCCUGUCAAGCCGGAGGACCAAACCUGGAGCAUCUGGACCAUCCUCGCUUACUGGAGCAGCGAUCUCAUGAACCUUUCGACGUUACAGACGGCAGGUUCAAUCCUCGCGGUGGGCCUGUCGUGGCGAGAGAGCAUUCCCAUCAUGUUUGUGGGAACGACCUGCAUCGCCGUGGCCAUGGUCCUCAACGGUGCCAUAGGCAGCAGGCUGCAUCUUCCUUUCAGCGUCAUCGCAGCGGGAUCCUUUGGCUACUGGUUCCGGUACUUUGCGAUUGUGAGCCGCGCGGUUCUCGCCAUGUUCUGGCUAGGCGUCCAGUGUGCCAACGGCUCGUAUUGCAUCACCAUCAUGCUGAGCGCCUGGGCUCCUUCUUACGCAAGAAUCCCCAACACGCUGCCUGAAUCGGCCGGCAUCACUUCCAUGGGGAUGUGCUCCUUCUUCCUCUUCUGGAUACUCCAGCUGCCGAUGCUACUCAUACACCCGACGAAGCUUCGUCCACUCUUCUACGUCAAACUCAUCGCCACCCCGGCCGUCGUCCUCGGCACACUGGGCUGGGCGGUCAAGAAGGCCGGCGGCGGCGGCGAGAUCUUCAAGCUGCAGCCCGAGGUCCCCAAGGGGACAGCGCAAUACGCCUGGCUCUGGCUGAGCUGCAUGUCGAGCGUCACGGGGCAGUGGGCAACCAUGGGGGUGAACAUCCCCGACUUUCUGCGCUACAGCAAGAGCCCCAACGGGCAACUGGUGCAACUUCCCUUCGUCCCUUUGGUCUUCACCCUGUGCGGCACCAUGGGGAUCAUCACGACGUCGGCGACCAAGACGUUCCACGGAGAGUAUCUUUGGAACCCGCUUGAUAUCGUCAGUCUCUGGCUGGAGAACGGUUCCGGCGGGCGCUGUGCCGCUUUCUUCGCCGCUUUCGCAUGGUUCAUCGCGACGGUGGGAACCAACGUGACGGCAAACUCCAUCAGCGCAGCCAACGACCUGACAAUCAUGUUCCCACGCUAUGUCAAUAUCAAGCGGGGUUCAUUGAUAGCAGCCGUGAUCGGAGGCUGGGUCCUCGUUCCUUGGAAGAUCCUGGCCAGCGCCACUACCUUUCUCAACUUCAUGGGCGCCUACGCCGUGUUCCUGGCUCCGAUUAGCGGGAUCCUCGCAGCCGACUUCUGGAUCGUAAAAGGUCAGAAAUACGACCUGCCCGGUAAGUACUAUCUGGCCCGAGCCGGGUUCCCGUUUUGCCUGUACGAUCCUCAUGGCCGUUAUAGAUACGUAGCAGGGUGUAACUGGCGGGCCUUCGUCGCCUUCAUCGUGCCGGUGGCCCCUAGUCUGCCCGGCAUGGCCUUGGCCAUCAGCGGCUACCCGGCGGUCCAGAUUUCCGAGGGCGCACAGCAUCUGUACAGCUUCGACUGGCUCUUUGGCUUCGUCGUGUCAAUCUUCCUAUACACCACCCUGAGCUGGCUUGCACCCGCAAAGGAGACGCUGGUUGAACGGACGAUCUGGACGAAGGAUGGGGCCGACGUCGAGGCGACAAGUCGUGGCAGCGAUGUCGAGGACCCCAAGUUGCCGGAAAAGGGGCACACGACAGCGACACGUGUCAUCUCGGACGACGACAAAGUAUUGUAA